AUGGAGACGCCCAUCGAGCGCGAAAUCCGCCGCAGCUGCGAACGCGAGGAGAGCCUGCGCCGGAGCCGGGGCCUGAGCCCGGGCCGCGCGGGCCGCGAACUCGUGGAGCUGCGCCUGCGGCCGGUGCUCAACCUGCCGGGCCCGGGCCCCGCGCUCCCGCGGGCCGUGGAGCGCGCGCGGGCGGGCGCGCAGAUGCAGCGCGACAUCGAGCGGGAGGCUCACCGGCAGGCGGCGCUGGCGCGCCCCGCGGCCCCGGAGCCGCGCCCCCGGCCGCCGCCGCAGCCGCUGGGCGAGCUCAUGCGCUUCUUCGAGGCCGCGGGCGGGGCCGGCUCCUCGCCCGCUGAGGAGGACGGCGCGGGCCCGCCGCGGCCGCGGGAGCCGCUCAGCCCGCCGCACUCGGCCGCGCAGGGCCGGUGCCCGGUGCUGGCGCGCGCGCCGCCGCCCCUCGCGCCGUCGCUGCUGGAGCAGGAGGUGCGGGAGGCGCAGGAGCGCGAGCGGGAGCUGCAGCGCCAGCGGCUCAGCGUCUACGGCGGCGCUGCCGAGGCCAGGGAGCCGGCGCCCAGCCUGAUGGCAAUCAGGAGCGAUGGAAAACUGGCGGUGACCUGGCCCCCCCGCAGAAAGGCUUCAGAGAACAGCCUGGAACAGGAGGAGCGGAAGCCUUGA